AUGGUUAUAAUUUAUAUGGAUGCUAUAAACGAACCGGAAAAAUUUACCAACACAACGUGGGAUUGGCGUAACGUAAAUGGCGUAAAUUAUGCUAGCGUUGAUCGAAAUCAACAUAUUCCACAAUAUUGUGGUUCAUGUUGGGCAUGUGGUGCGACAAGUGCGCUAGCUGAUCGUUUCAAUAUUAAGCGUAAAGGAGCAUGGCCAUCUGCUUAUCUCUCUGUUCAGGAGGUUAUCGAUUGUGCAGGUUCAGGUAGCUGUGAAGGUGGCGAACCAGGUGGUGUUUAUCGAUAUGCUCAUGAAUAUGGCAUACCACAUGAAACAUGCAAUAAUUAUCAAGCACGAGAUGGAACUUGUUCACCAUACAAUAAAUGUGGUUCCUGUUGGCCUGGUUCAUGUUUUUCAAUCAGUAAUUAUACCAUAUAUAAAGUGAAAAAUUACGGUGUUGUUUCGGGUCUUGAAAAGAUGAAAGCAGAAAUUUAUCAUAAUGGCCCAAUUGCGUGUGGUAUUGCUGCUACAAAAAAAUUCGAAACAUAUGGAGGAGGAAUUUAUAAAGAAAAAACGCCCGAAGAUAUUGACCAUGUUAUAUCUGUUCACGGUUGGGGAGUUGAUCAUGAUUCUGGUGUACCAUAUUGGAUCGGUAGAAAUAGCUGGGGAACGCCAUGGGGCGAAAAUGGAUGGUUCCGAAUCGUAACAUCAGAAUACAAAAAUUCUAGUUCAAAGUACAAUUUGAAAAUCGAGGAAGAUUGCGUUUGGGCUGAUCCCAUUGUAUGA